GCCAUGUUUGGUGUUCUAUGCCCGUCAUCUAUGGUGAGUGCUUGCCUUCUGUUUAAAAGCAAUAUGUCCAGUAGUUUCCUUGUACUAAAUUGCUUUUGUUUGUUCUUUUUAGCCUAACAAACGUAAACGAGAUUUAAGUGUACCAAGCAUAAAUUUACAUCGCAACGGUCAUCUCUCAAUGGACCUCGAAACAGUCGAUACUAAAAAGUCGCGUGUCGACCGGUUGGAAGCAUCACCUUCACGUGUUAUACACAUACGAAAUAUGCCAGCAGAUGCAACUGAAAACGAGAUCGCUCUUUUUGCCAUACCUUUUGGCCUUCUUAAAAACAUGGUCCUUUCUAAAAGAAAUAAUCAAGCACUCAUUGAGAUGCACGUUUUGGAGGAAGCUGUGCAACUAGUUGCUCACUAUUUAAAGUAUCCCGUAACUUUACACGGGAAACACUUAAUCUUUCAAUUUUCUACACAUUCCCAUCUUGAACUAAUUUCAGAAAACGAUGCAAUAGUUAACGCUAUUAAGAAUGCCAACCGUGUUGUUCAGCAGGAUCUGCCGGGUGCUCAGACAGGUGUUCCUAACACUGUACUGCAUGUGGUCAUUGAUAAUAUCAUGGGCCAACAAAUCAACCACGUUAUUUUGUAUAAGAUAUUUCAUCGGUUUGGAACUAUUUUACGUGUCUUAAUUUUCUUGCGUAACAACCAAUAUCGAUGCUUGUUAGAAUUUCAAAACCAUAUCCAAGCGUUCGUUGCUAUGUUACUUCUAAACGGUCAAAAUAUUUAUACGGGUUGUUGUUCUCUUCAAGUGGAAUUUUGGAAAGCCCGAGGGCCUUUGGAAGUUCGUCGCGAGAAUGAUAAAUGCCGUGAUUAUACUGUAUCACCUCUAACGGAUGAUGAAUUAAACAGUUUACAAGCUCUCCCAGGUGGAGUAACUGCAUCGACGAAUAAUUCAACCAUUAAUUCAAUUCCUCAACCUUCUGUCGGGCAAAAUAUACCACUAGGUAAUCCGGCCGCAGCUUUCGCAGCCGUCCCGCAAGCUGCAGCGUCAGGUAUCAACGAUCUUGCUAUUCAGUUAACGUUGCUUGCUCAACAAUCUGGUCUUGCAUUGACCCCUGCUGCAGCCGCAGCAACUGCCAGUUUCAUGGCUCUAACUGCGCAAAGUGGGAAUUCUGCCAUCAAUCCAACUCCAGGAACUGUUUUAAAUGCUGCAGCUCUACAAGGUCCUCGUACAGCUUUACCAACUGUACAAAACCAAACACAGCUUCUGCCAAACUUGAUUAAUCAAUCUGUGCCUAACUUGGGUCAAACUGGAACUAGUACUGUGUUAAUAGUUUCCAAUCUCAAUGAGGAGAAAGUAUAUCCAGAUGCAUUAUUCACACUCUUCGGUGUUUAUGGUGAUGUAACACGAGUCAAAAUAAUGUUCAAUAAAAAAAGUACUGCUCUUGUGCAAUUUUCAGAUCCACAACAAGCUCUUACAGCUUUGUAUCAUCUUAAUGGACAACCAUUGUAUGGAAAACCUCUAAAAAUAGCUGUUUCACGCUUUAACAUUGUCCAGUUACCAAAAGAAGAUAGUGAUGUCGGACUUACUAAAGAUUAUACCAAUAGUCCACUUCAUCGUUUUAGAAAGCCGAAUUCUAAGAAUUUCGCGAACAUUUAUGCUCCCAACCAUGUUUUGCAUUUAAGUAAUAUACCCUCCGCAAUCACAGAAGAAGAGGUUAGAAUGAUUUUUGAAACUAAAGGAUAUCAUGUUACGGACUUUAAGUUUAUGAUGAAAGAUAAAAAGAUGGCCUUAAUUCAACUGGAAAACGUUGAUAUGGCUAUCCAAGCCUUGAUUGACCUUCACAACUGUCAGCUAACAGAAAAUUCCCAUUUGCGUAUCAGUUUCAGCAAAACAGCGAUAUAAAUGAAUGAUCUAUCUAAUCAGUUUGUUUACUUUUCUCUGACUUCGAUUUCUGGUACAUAAACUUUUAUAUUCUAGCUAGUUUUUUUUCUUAUUUCGUUUAAUCUUUUGUAACAGCCUCAUAAGCUCUUAUGUUAUGCUAUACUUGUUCAUACUUAUCGGUUGUUAACCUAUCACUCUUAUCUACAAAACAUGAUUCAAACGUAGGACCAACACAAAAAGUAGAGUUUACUGGACUGUUAAUAAUUUUCAUUAAUCUCAGUUUACGUAGCAGUGUCGAUAUUUUCGACACAUCUUAGCUCAUUUAUAACAUACGAAGUUCUGGGUGUUUCUGAACUAACUGUACGAUCAUAUGCUUGUAAAUAUUCCCAUCAACUAGUUUAAAUAUUUGUCGACGUCGGUUACCAAGUGAUCAACCAAUCUACAUCUCAGUUAAUGAUGAACAAUAGUUCAUGUACUCCAUAACGUUUUGUUCCUUUACCGAUCAGUUUUUCAAGAACUGUUGCUAGAGGUUGUGAACUAGAGUAUUCACAACUUUAAAACAGGAUUUGGAGAAAUUGAUCAACACAAGAAAGUCAGCCGAUCUGAAAGUUGAAUUUCUUUUGGUAGAUUCACCAAGCGUAAUUUGUAAUUGUCAGUAUGCUUGUUUUACAAUGAUUAACAACGUCAACAAAAAUCUCAAUGUAGUCAAUUCAAAACUGAUUGUUUCGAUCAUUGUGUCUCAGUAGUUUAUAUAAUUAUGAACUUAUUAUUCUAUGAAUACUAGAAACAUGACAAUAAAGCUUAUGUGUUCAUUCUAUUUCACACUCACUACUUCCCUUUUCUAAUUUACUGGUCUAUCAUUAUCUAAAUAUUCAGAUACUCCUUUAGUAAUUUACAGAAAGAUCCGCAAACUCUCAGUGAUAACCUCAAUAAUUAGGUUUAUUCCUUCAGCUUCAGUUCGUACUAAAACUUCAGAAAAAACCAUAUUUUAAUGACCAAAACAUUGUAAAUAAAAAAUGUUUACCUUGAUUAA